AUGGCCUCGUCGGCGACAGCCCUGCUCCUGCCGCUGACCCUGCUGCUGCACUUCGCCGCGGCCAUCGGGCAAAGCCAGUUCCGGAUGAAGCCACUCGAGGUGACAGCGAGCCUAGGCAACCCCGUGACGCUGCGCUGUGAGGUGCUGCUGUCUAGCUCGGGGGAGAGCUGCUCCUGGGUGUUCCAGCGGAACGCCAAGGCCAGCCCCACCUUCCUGCUGUACCUCAGCAAAUCACGCAACUUGCUGGCCAGCGGGCUGGACCCCACGCUCGUCUCGGGCGAGCGAGUCCAGGACAAAGUCUUCAGCCUCACCCUGCACCGCUUCCACGAGGAGAACCAGGGCUACUACUUCUGCGUGGUCGUGGGCUCCCCCAACCUGCACUUCAGCCCCUCUGUGCCCGUCUUCCUGCCAGCCCAGCCCACCACGAUGCCGGCGCCGCGGCGACCCGCGGCGGCACCCACCACCGCGCCGCAGCCCAGGAGCCUGCGCCCAGAGGUCUGCCGGCCCUCGGGGGGCGCCGCAGUGGACUCGAGGGGGCUGGACCUCACCUGUGACAUCUACAUCUGGGCGCCCCUGGCCGGGGCCUGCACGGUCCUUCUCCUGUCACUGGUCAUCACCGUCAUCUGCAACCACAGGACCCGCAGACGCGUCUGCAAAUGUGCCAGGCCAGUAGUGAGACCAGGAGGCAAGCCAAGUGCUUCAGAGAGAACCAUCUAACGUGUGACAGCCACUUCAUAACUUC